AUGAGUUUAUUAAGACAUAGUUUAAGCAAGGUGAUUGAGAGUAGUGGUGCUACUAUUAAACCAUUAGGACCACUAACAUAUGGAACUGCUGGAUUUAGACUGAAUUACGAGUCUUAUCCAAUAACUUUAAGACAAAUAGUGAUAUACAGUACUGUAGUCGCUUGUUUACGAAGUGCUUCUGUGGGAAACAAGUGGGUUGGUAUUAUUAUUACUGCAUCACAUAAUAAAAUACAAGAUAAUGGCUUAAAAAUCAUUGAUAUUAGUGGAUCUAUGCUUAAUAUAGAGUUCGAGAAAAUUUCUAGUGAUGUUAUGAAUUCAGAGUGUCCUUUAACUAAACUUGAUAAGUAUUAUGAAGAGUUUAAAUUGAGGAAUAUAAAUCUAGACCUUAAUAAAGCUCAUAUAUUAAUUGGGUAUGAUACAAGACCAUCAUCACCUGAACUUGUAGGAUAUAUUAAGGAUACUCUAGAUAAUUUAGGAGUUGAUAACCAUUACGAAUUUGGUCAUGUAACAACUCCGCAAUUACACUUUAUUGUAGCAUUAGCUAAUGGAACUUUAAAUGAGUUACUACCUAGAGAAACACCCAAUAUAUGGAACUACUUAGAUGAUUUUAAUAAGAACAAGGUAGUUGAAGAUUCACUUGCUCUGUACUAUGCUUAUCAUGAAUAUUACUUUAAACUUUUUGUUGAAAAUAUUACACAAAGUGAGAUAUUAUAUACAACACAAGAUGAUUCCUAUAGUUCAAAUGGCAGAUUUUUAGUAGAUGUUGCAAAUGGAGUUGCAAAGUAUCACAUUGGGAGAUAUUCUAAGUGUUUAAAAUUAACUGCUAAUAUAUGCAUGGAACAGAUAAAUGAUGAUAAGCCAGAACUACUAAAUGAUCAGUGUGGUUCUGAGUAUAUUCAAAAGAAUAAAAUAGCCCCAAGAAAUUUUUAUGAUAAUGGUAAUUUCGAUAUAGCAGAUAUUGAUUAUGUUGCAAGCUUUGAUGGAGAUGCAGAUAGAAUUGUUUAUUUUACAAAAAAGAAAAGUGAUCCCGAAAUAAUAUUAAUUGAUGGGGAUCGUUUAGCAGCAAUUUAUAUCAAUGUGAUAAUAACAUUAUUUCGAAAGAUUAUUUCUAACAUAAAUAAAGAAAACUGUAGUACUUUAGAUGAUAUUUUUAGAUUAAAAGUAGGUGUUGUACAAACAGCUUAUGCUAAUGGUUCAAGUACACUCUAUAUUUCUGAAUUAUUAAACUCAUUGGAUAAGGACUUUUUUGAAUCCGAAGUAACUUGUGUGCCAACUGGAGUUAAACAUCUUCAUCGAAAGGCUGAAAGUUAUGAAGUUGCAAUAUAUUUCGAGUCAAAUGGACAUGGUACAGUCAUAUAUAAUAGAAAGGAGCUAAUAUUGUGGGCUAAGAAAUUAAGGAAAUUGUAUUUAUUAAAUUGUAACUGUAGAUAUGAUCAUCCUAGUUACAUGAAGUGUAAUGAAUGUUCUACACUUAAACAACUCUUUUGCUUCUUAAAUAUUUUUAAUCCAGCAAUUGGGGAUGGAAUGUCAGAUUUAUUAGCUUUUGAAGCAUCUCGUAUGUUUAUACAGGGAACUUAUGGAUGUCAAUUUGCUGUUCAAAUGUAUCAUGAUCUAGUUACUAUACAAGACAAAAUACCUCUACCACGAAGUAAAUUAGACAUAUUAGUCUGUGAUAAACAAACUGAAAAAUUCCUUAUACAACCAACAGAAUUACAAGAAAAAAUUGAUAAUAUUCUUGUUAACUAUAACAAUAAUCUUUGUCGAGCAUUUAUAAGACCUUCUGGGACAGAAAAUAUAUGUCGCUUAUUUGUAGAAUCUCCUAAUCAAGAACAAUCAACGGAAAUAAUGAACUCUUUAAAGCAGUUAUUACAUGACUUCUCUUCAGUAUGA